AAACAUAUUGAGAAUGAGUGUCAGAGAGUCAUAUCCAUGGCAACGUUGUCAUAGUGAAGUUCACAAGCAUCAAACAAUCUGUAUUUGGGUUCAACGCACAUGCUCAGUUCCGCGGAAAAAGCCGGACACGGACUCACAGCAGGAUCGGGAUUUUGUAAUGAUGAGGAGUGAGCCUUGGGUUGGUACCUGGAGGCCCCACAAGCCAAGAGGGCCUAUAGCUGCCCUCUAUGGUAGCCCUGGGCCCAAGUAUGCACUGCCUGGACUCACAGGUGUGUCUAAACAUGACCCUACUAAAUACAAAGCCCCAGUAUUCAGCCUUGGGGCACGUCCUAAGGAAGUAAAUACUAACCUUUCCCCUGGGCCAAUAUACAUGAUUCCUUCCAACAUCACCAGAGAGGGCCAAAGCGGCACACCUGCCUUUUCACUCCACAGCCGUCCAAAGGAACCCAAGUUCUUCAAACCUCCUGGACCAGGGCAGUAUUCCCCAGACCACUCAGAAAAGCUGACCUUCCGCUCCGCUCCUGCUUAUUCUCUGUCAGGCAGGAACAAGGAAUUAGGCGGUAACAGAACACCAGGUCCUGCCACCUAUUCUCUUCCUCCUGUGAUGGGGACAAAAACUGCAGUUGCAUCUUCUGCUCCCAGCUUCUCAAUAAGUGGCCGCUGCAAAACUGGAACCUUCUAUGAGGACCUGAAGAAGACUCCUGGCCCUGCUGCCUAUAAAGCUGUAGACCCCUGUAUUUCUGGGCGGAAGCCUCCCCAAUUCAGCAUGACAGGCCGCAACUUCACUCCGAGUGAAGCCACAGGGAAACCAGGACCAGGAGCAUACUACCCUGAGCAGGUAAACCUUACAAAAACCCAAGCCCCGAGCUUUACCUUUGGACUGCGUCAUUCUCAGUACAUCGCACCGAUCACUGUGGAUGCUGAAUACUGUCAUCUAUGAUCUCUUAAUUUACAUAGAAAUGACCACAGCAGUUUUUGAAUAAAGCAUAAAAUACAAACA